UCCUCACAGCCGAGGCAAGACUCCAUGGGGCCCCAACUCUCCCCAGAACGACAGGGCUGAGAUGCUCCCCCAUCUUAACUCAAAUCGCCAGCGCUCACCAGGCGGUGGCAGGGCCGAGCACGUGGGUUCGACCGGGGGCUGGCCUCUAGGGUCCUCCCAGGGAAGGGUACGAACAACCCAGGAGGCUGGCCAGUCACCCUGGCCGGCCGUGGCGAUAGCCCUGGCUCCUGCGGCCCGGGGCCAAAGGCAGGGGCACACCUCGUGUCCCACUCCCACGUUCGUAGGACCCUGCCAGCAUCCGUUCUCUCUACUCCGCCCUCUGCUCACGCACUACCCUUACUGUCAUGCCCAUAAAUCCCAAGAGCAAAAGGAGAGCACGAUUCCUCCCGCGUCCCUGCGGGCCCUGAAGCCGGGCACUAAAGCAGCGCAGUCCCAAGCUUCCCCUGCAGAAGCCGCGCUCCCCACUCGGUUCGAGGGUAGAGGGGGCGCGAGAGAGCAAGUGGGCGGACGUCCCAUCCUCCGCAGCCACCUCCAGGUCCUGGCGCGCAGGGUGGGAGCGCUGCGCGGCUCCGCGCUGCGCAUCGCGGCCAGCUUGCCGCCUGGCCCCUGCCCUCGCUGGGCCGCCUCCCCGGGCUGCCGGUGGAGGGCUACAAGGUGCUAACGUUACGCUGUUUCCGGUUUUCCAGCGGGCUGUUUCCCCUCCCAAGGCGGCAGCGGCGGAGCGGCGGAGCCCCCCAAAUGGCCUGGCCAGAUGCGGCAGGUUUGCUGCUCAGCGCUGCCGCCGCCGCCACUGGAGAAGGCUCGGUGCAGCAGCUACAGCGACAGCAGCAGCAGCAGCAGCAGCAGCGAGAGGAGCAGCAGCAGCAGCAGCAGCAGCGAGAGCAGCAGCAGCAGGAGCAGCAGCAGCAGCAACAGCAGCAUCUCCCGUCCCGCUGCGCCCCCAGAGCCGCGGCCGCAGCCACAGCCGCAGCCCCGCAGCCCCGCAGCCCGGAGAGCCGCCGCCCGCUCGCGAGCCGCAGCCGCCGGCGGCAUGAGGCGCGACCCGGCCCCCGGCUUCUCUAUGCUGCUCUUCGGUGUGUCGCUCGCUUGCUACUCGCCUAGCCUCAAGUCAGUGCAGGACCAGGCGUACAAGGCACCCGUGGUGGUGGAGGGCAAGGUACAGGGACUGGCCCCGGCCGGCGGCUCCAGCUCCAACAGCACCCGCGAGCCGCCCGCCUCGGGUCGGGUGGCGCUGGUGAAGGUGCUGGACAAGUGGCCGCUUCGGAGUGGGGGACUGCAGCGCGAGCAGGUGAUCAGCGUGGGCUCCUGUGCGCCGCUCGAAAGGAACCAGCGCUACAUCUUUUUCCUGGAGCCCACGGAGCAGCCCUUCGUCUUUAAGACAGCCUUUGCCCCCCUCGACACCAACGGCAAAAACCUCAAGAAAGAGGUGGGCAAGAUCCUGUGCACUGACUGCGCCACCCGGCCCAAGCUGAAGAAGAUGAAGAGCCAGACGGGACAGGUGGGCGAGAAACAAUCGCUCAAGUGCGAGGCAGCAGCCGGGAACCCCCAGCCCUCCUACCGCUGGUUCAAGGACGGCAAGGAGCUCAACCGCAGCCGCGACAUUCGCAUCAAGUACGGCAACGGCAGAAAGAACUCGCGACUGCAGUUCAACAAGGUGAAGGUGGAGGACGCCGGGGAGUACGUGUGCGAGGCGGAGAACAUUCUGGGGAAGGACACGGCCCGGGGCCGGCUCUUCGUCAACAGCGUGAGCACCACCCUGUCAUCCUGGUCGGGGCACGCCCGGAAGUGCAACGAGACCGCCAAGUCCUACUGCGUCAACGGCGGGGUCUGCUACUACAUCGAGGGCAUCAACCAGCUCUCCUGCAAAUGUCCAAACGGAUUCUUCGGACAGAGAUGUUUGGAGAAACUGCCUUUGCGAUUGUACAUGCCAGAUCCUAAGCAAAAGCACCUUGGAUUUGAACUAAAGGAGGCCGAGGAGCUGUACCAGAAGAGGGUCCUGACCAUCACCGGCAUCUGCGUGGCUCUGCUGGUCGUGGGCAUCGUCUGCGUGGUGGCCUACUGCAAGACCAAAAAACAACGGAAGCAGAUGCACAACCACCUCCGGCAGAACAUGUGCCCAGCCCACCAGAACAGGAGCCUGGCCAACGGGCCCAGCCACCCCCGCCUGGACCCUGAGGAGAUCCAGAUGGCAGACUAUAUCUCCAAGAACGUGCCAGCCACGGACCACGUCAUCCGGAGGGAAACGGAGACCACCUUCUCCGGGAGCCACUCCUGCUCUCCUUCUCACCACUGCUCCACCGCCACGCCCACCUCCAGCCACAGGCAUGAGAGCCACACGUGGAGCCUGGAACGUUCUGAGAGCCUGACCUCAGACUCACAAUCGGGCAUCAUGCUGUCAUCAGUGGGCACCAGCAAAUGCAACAGCCCCGCGUGUGUGGAGGCUCGGGCGCGGCGGGCAGCAGCCUACAGCCUGGAGGAGCGGCGCCGGGCAGUGGGGCCCCCUCACCACGACUCCACAGACUCCCUGCGUGACUCCCCGCACAGUGAGAGGUACGUGUCGGCCCUGACCACGCCCGCGCGCCUCUCUCCCGUGGACUUCCAUUACUCGCUGGCCACGCAGGUGCCCACUUUCGAGAUCACGUCACCCAACUCGGCGCACGCCGUGUCGCUGCCGCCGGCCGCGCCCAGCAGCUACCGCCUGGCGGAGCAGCAGCCACUCCUUCGGCACCCGGCGCCCGUGGGCCCCGACGCGGGGCCCGGGCCCGGCGCGGACAUGCAGCGCAGCUACGACAGCUACUACUACCCCGCGGCGGGGCCCGGGCCGCGGCGCGGGGCCUGCGCGCUGGGCGGCAGCCUGGGCAGCCUGCCCGCCAGCCCCUUCCGCAUCCCGGAGGACGACGAGUACGAGACCACGCAGGAGUGCGCGCCCCCGCCGCCGCCGCCGCCGCCGCCGCGGCCCCGCGCCCGCGGCGCGUCCCGCAGGACGUCGGCGGGGCCCCGGCGCUGGCGCCGCUCGCGCCUCAACGGGCUGGCGGCGCAGCGCGCACGCGCGGCGCGGGACUCGCUGUCGCUGAGCAGCGGCUCGGGCGGCGGCUCGGCCUCCGCCUCGGACGACGACGCGGACGACGCGGACGGCUCGCUGGCGGCCGAGAGCACGCCCUUCCUCGGCCUGCGCGCGGCGCACGACGCGCUGCGCUCGGACUCGCCGCCGCUGUGCCCGGCGGCCGACAGCAGGACUUACUACUCCCUGGACAGCCACAGCACGCGGGCCAGCAGCAGACACAGCCGCGGGCCGCCCCCGCGGGCCAAGCAGGACUCGGCGCCCCUCUAGGGCCCCCGCCGCCCGCCGCCCCCUCCGCCGCGCCCGCCCCACUGUCUUCGAGGAGAACAGAGACCGUCGCCUGGAGAGAGAGAGAGAGAGAGAGGAGGAAAAAAAAAGAAAUAAAAAAUAUUUUUAUUUUCUAUAAAAGGAAAAAGGUAUAACAAAAUGUUUUAUUUUCAUUUUAGCAAAAAUUGUCUUAUAAUACUAGCUAACGGCAAAGACGUUUUUAUAGGGAAACUAUUUAUAUGUAACAUCCUGAUUUACAGCUUCGGAAAAAAAAAAAAAAGAAACAACAAAAAAAAAGAGAGAUGGGCCAAUUUUUUGACUCUUUACUAGAAAACCUAUAUUGUGGUGCCUUUUGCUGUACGCUAUUCUGGAGCUCCUGGAGAGAAGUGUGGGUGGCGGGGUGGCAAGAGGGGAGGAUCCCGAGCUGGUGAGCCCUGGCGGGGGUGAGAGAAAGCGGGAGAGAAGGGGCUGCGGGUUCCCGUGGGGUCGAAGCAGGGGGGGGCCAAGGAAGGAAAUGAGGUCCCGGUAGCUUUGCCCCCGAAUAAGACCCAGAGUCCUGGGCCCUUGAGAAGAGGGCGGGGAUCCUAGGCUUGGAGCUAGAGUUGGGGUCAGGUUAAGGUCCAGGGGGAGACUAAGGCCCAGCGACAGCAACCAGAAUGGGGAGGGGGCCUCCCCGCUCCUCACAGCUGCUAAAGGAGGGGGCACUGAGCAAGAGGUCUUCCAACAGCCCCGGCCCGGGGAGGGGGGGCAGCUCUGCCAGGGCCCCAGUGUUCGCGGCUCCUCCUCCCUCAUGGCCUCCAGGACGCCCCUCCGUCCUCUGCAGCACCUUCGUUUACAGGUCGUCUUUUCUAUUUUCCGCCUGCAUGUCCUUUGCAUUUCAGAUUCUUUAGAUUGGAUGCAUGGUCACGCUGGGACCGAGAAGAGCCACUCGACAGUGUAUUUGAUUCCCCUUUUAGCAAUAAAGUUAACACCUUUUCCUUCUCCCAGCCCGACCCCCCGGCCCCCAAACCCACCUAGGACUUCCACUUCCUCUCCAGCCCUGUCCUCUGCGCCCCCCCACCCCGAAAAAAACUGGGUCCACUGCUAAUUUGUCAAAAAGGUAAUUGUUAAAAAAAAAAAAAUCCUCAACCAACAAAUGAGAACCCUGCCCCUCGAAAUGUCCAAACACCUGACUGUUGACACUUGAACAUUUUUAUAUUAUAAAUAAAAGCAGAAAUAACUCCUGUUUGACUGUGUCUGCCUAGCCUUCAGGCGAGGAGGGAAGACGGAUGAAGACCCGUGAGGGAGAUGCAUGCUUGUUGGCCUGGAGGUCUGAGUGGACCAGGGCAGUCCCUGGGAGGAGGAGACCCCGCCUUCCGUAUCCCUGGCCCCAGCUCCCAGAGCAGGCUCCAGCCCUCCUUCCUGGUCUGAGAAACUCACAAGGUGUCUGCCCCCCC